AUGAGUAAACGUACAAUAGUAGAAUGGUCACCCCAUGAUACGUCGUUAUUUGCCGUAGGAGCAGAUAAUCUCCGAUUAUUUGAAGUGACAACAUCUCGUCAUGAUUACGCUGACUCGACAACUGAACGUGUAAUCCCCACGACACAGCGCAAACGUGCUUUUCGUGUCGUGCGUAUCACUGCAAAAGUCUCACAAGUCAAAUGUUUACAAUGGUAUCCAUAUGAAUCAAAAUCAUUAUUAAUUGCUACAGGGACAGGGUCUGGAAAAGUACUAUUAAAUGAUUUUGAUGAUCCACGGACGCGUGUUGUGCGUGAAUUUCUACCCAAAUACAGUCGACCGUGUCAUGCUGUGGCUUGGAAUCCAUCGGUACCGAAUCAAUUGGCUGCAGGUUUUGAAAAAGUACGAAGUGAUUUUUGCACGUUAGUAUGGGACCUCAAUGCUUCAAAUGCAGUGACUGGGAUGACCAGUAGCAGUAGUACUGGAGGAGAUGUGGAAGGUCUUGGAGACCAAGAUGGAGGCUUGGAACGAUCUAGUAACACCAGGAAAGGAAGCAAUAAUGGACCAAGUAAUACCAGUAUUGGUGUUGGAGCUGGAUCCAAUGCAUUUGGAGCUGCAGACUCGAAACCAGUUUAUGAAUUGGCUAAUUCAGAAGCAACGAUGGCACUCUCAUGGGUGCCACUUCAGCCAACGUGUUUAGCUACAGGAACAGGCUUCAAGUGGCUGCGUGUGUACGAUUUGCGCACGAAAGGGUCGUCUCCGAUGAGUGUGGUGGCACACAAUAAGGCGGUGCUGGGUGUGGUGUUUGACCAGCAUCGACCGCAUAUGCUCGCUACGUAUAGUGAUGCACCACAGGAACCAGUAAAAGUGUGGGAUAUUCGUCAACUGGAAUCGUCAUCAGGACCAAUGCUUUCGCUGUACCAGACGAGCAAGAAUCUCGUUCAAGUGUCGUGGUGCCCAUCUAAGCCAGGUAUUUUAGUGACGGCGUCCACUGAUGAGAAGUGGGUGUCGUUGUGGGAUGUCACAAAGCAGGAGAGCGGAUCUUCGACGAUCAAAAAGCCGUUCCGUAGACGCUACACCUCGGAACCCCUGACGUCUUUUUCUUGGCAGCAUGUGGAUUCUUCAUCGCGAGUACAACGCGCUACACAUGUGGGCAGGAGUAGCAAUGUUCAGAAGGACCAACUCACGGCGGCAGCUUUCCCGAAUCGACUAAUGACUGCAUCAGUUACAGGUGAGCUGGUAGACAUUUCAGUGCAUGAUGUCAUGCCACUCUCGCUGUCUUCGCAUGGAGCAGUGACAUUUGGAUGUGGCAGACUACUGUUUGGCGGAUCUGUCAUCGGGUCUGGAUUGGGGACUUCAGCUAUGAGUCGACUGACACUGGAGGACGAAAUUAAUUUUGGCUCCCGUGUCGAAGAGGACAUUUCUGAUGGAAUGUACAAGCUUGCUAAGCGAGGCUAUUCCAUUGGACUAUCGAAGAAUCUAAAGUUAUUCAAUGAAGCUACACCACGUAGCAGACAGUUGCGCAAUUUGUGGUUGUGGGUCGACCAAGUGGAGGCUCUACGCCAAAUCCGAGCUUCACGAGUAGAGCAGUCAUGCUCUACAAGUAAUGGUCUCGGGAAUAAUGCGGUCAAUGCUGCAAUGGCUGGUCCGCUGCGUGGGUGGCCUGUUGAUCCAAAUGCGCUCGUAACCGCUGGUGUAAAGAACUUGUUGACAGCCUCUGGGGAUCUCGCGGCGAUUACAAGACCCGGUUCUUCUGAUCCUACUUCCACUACCCUUGAGGAUGCCAGAGAAGAAGAACCUGCUGUUGCUGUUGUAUCUGUGAUGAAGACGGACUCGAUUCUUGGUUGCCAGUACUUUGAAGGACCCGGACGUCGAUUGGGUUUAUUAGCAUGCAACUGGGAUCCUGACAACGGUCAGGGAGGGUCUCGCGCAUCAUCAGCAAGUGUGGGUGGACCAGGCCUUGACAACGCUGCAGGUAGAAAUAUUCAUCGAAGUAGCUCAAGUAUUUGGAAUCCUCAGAAGCAGUACGAUGAAAAUGCCCAGCUUGCCAAUCGUUCGUGCAAUGAAAAUGGUCGACAUAACUUACAAGACAUUCUGAAAGAAUGCGAGUUGGAUGGCAAUUACGCACGAGCGGCGGCGCUGGCAGUAUUCCACGGAGACUUGAACGCAGCUGUGGCGCUACUUCAGAAAGGAGCUACGUGGUUGACGCAGACGCAGCACUUGAACGUUGGUUCCCCAUCACCCUAUUCGCCUGACCUGCUACAACUUAUUGCGAUGUCUCUUGCAGGCUAUUCGUCAUCCGUUACCAGUGCGGGCGGGGUGUCUCUGUGGUCAACUAUGACACAGCAAUUGUUAAAGCGGAGUGAGGUCAUGUCGCAGGCUAACCCUCGGUAUUUUCACGCGAUGCUUUCGUUCUUGUGCGUCGCAAGUUUGUCUUCUGCGUCCACGUCAACAAAUAUAAACGCCAUGCGGGCUAACCAGCAACCUCCACGGCGCACAAAUAGUCGAAGACAGUGGGGAAGCGUAGAGGGACUAUUUGGUGGAGCUAGGCCUGCAAGUGCUGGUGCAUACUCGGCGAUUCUCAACGAUAUCACAUUGCCUUUAAGCGACCGACUAGCGUUUGCAUGUCGAUAUCUCCAGGCUGACGAUUUGCUUGCGUUUGUCGCUCAGCAUGAAGAAGAAAGCCAACAGUUUGGUCGUUUGGAAGGAUUGAUUGUGACUGGAAUAAAUGCUGAUGGAAUCAAGCUUCUUCAGACAUAUGUGGACAUGACAGGAGACAUCCAGACGCUGGCAUUACUAGCUGCACGCCUUCCCUCUUCGUACGUGGCAAAAUGGUCUACCCUGGAAAAGUGGAUUCAAAUUUACACGGAUUUGCUGAAUCAGUGGCAGCUGUUCCACGAGCGAGCGCGAUUCGAUGUUGGUCGCUCGCAGCUUGAGGACCUCCUGAAUGGCUUUGCUAGUUUCUUGCGUGACUGUGAUGCAGGCGAACAUCAAGCCGAACUUUUAGGACCGUCAACGCUCGCGGUUCCACCACAGUUAUUCGUACGAUGCAAUUUCUGCAAUGUAUCGCUAUCGUUGGCUAGUUUGCUGCGACUUGGUGGUUCGCACUCGUCGUGGUUAAAUCGUGCCAAGCCUAAACUUACAUGCUGUCCGUCAUGCCGAAAACCACUACCACAGUGUGCGCUAUGCUUACUCCCAUUCGGAUCACUAAAUCCGUACUUCGAAUUGGCACACCGCCGCUCAAGACAAGCAUCUGAUGCAGUAAACACGCUAGUGACCAGCGUAGCAGCCGAUCAUGGAGGUGUGCUGAAAGAACCCAAAACAGGCAAAAACGAGUACGAGAACUUAGGCCAGCUCUCCAGCAUUCCGUUUGUGGAGUGGUUCACCUGGUGUCAAUCGUGCAAGCACGGUGGUCAUGCCCACCACCUUGCAGACUGGUUUAAAACGCAUACAGUGUGUCCUGUUACAGACUGCAACUGUCAGUGCCAGCACUUGGACUUGCCGAUUGUGAGCGACAACAAUCAAAAGACGCUUAUUGAGCAACAGCGAGCAAGCGCUGCGGCUUUGGCUACUCAACGUGCAGCUUCGAAGGAAAAAAUAAAGCAGCAACACCAGCACCCCAUUAAAAUCACAGGACGCCAAAGCAUUGAUGCGUGCUGGAAAGAAGCAGCAACAACUGGGAUCACAAAGCUCGCAGCACACGGUUCUAGUAGUGGAUAUCCACCACCCCUUUCACUAUCGGGAAGCAACUCAAUGGCAAACCUCUCCAGUGGGGUCAACGCCAUUGUUCCUGGCAAAAAUGUUAAUAGCGGAUCGAUAAGCGACGGGAUGUCUCUCGGCAAUAAACUUGAUCAGUUGGAGAAGGACAAGAGCAGCUAUCAGUUCAUGUGA